AUCUGAAAAAUCAUUCCAGCCUUACACAUCUGCCGAAGAUCACCACAUCACUUCAUAAUUAAAUUAAUCAUAAACAAAAAAUGAAGACGUUCAUCGCGCUGUCUGUCCUUGUGGCUAUGACUUAUGCAGCUCCCCAAUUUCAAUACCAACAACAACCUCAAUAUCCGUUACAAGUGAUACCCAUCAUCAGACAGAGCCAGGAAAUCAACCCUGAUGGCUCCUAUCAAUUCAGCUACGAAACUGGCAACGGUAUCACGGCGCAAGAACAAGGCUAUCUGAAAAACGCAGGAAUUAAGGAUGCCGAAGCUCAGGUCGCCCAGGGUUCAUUCAGCUACACCUCACCUGAGGGAGUCCCGAUUUCAUUGACCUACGUUGCUGAUGAAAAUGGUUUCCGUGCUGAAGGAGCUCAUUUGCCCACCCCUCCUCCUAUCCCUGAGGCGAUCCUUCGUAGCCUUCAGACUAUCGCGUCCCAACCUCAACAACCGCAGAACCAAUUCCAAGGCUUUCGGGGUUAACUUUGAUUUCGUGCUGUAAAAUGAUGCACGCGAACUACACAUCUACUGAAAGACAACUGAUGGCUUUAUGAUAACGUUAACUGAACGAAAUUUAGUAAUAAGAAUAUUGCUACUGUGAUGUAUUUUAUUUUAUAAGAAUGAGAUUAAACAGAAAAUAAAAAAUAA